UUGUAACUUUUGACAGGUAAGAUUAGCUUCCUAGCAUCGCCUCCGUCGGGAGUGCUUUUUGUCGUUUUUGGUAGUUUUGGUUCUUAGCACCUUUUUUCUGGAGCGUUUUGAGAUAAUAAUUGUUUUAAGUUUAAUGGUUAGGUUAGAGCUGUUUCGAUAGCCUGUUUUGUUUCUCCCGUUUGGACCCCUUCCCUUGUCAUAAAGAACUAUUUUUUAUUUUUUAUUUUUUUUUGGUAAUGUUUAAAUUUUUUAAAUAACACUUGUGGUUAUUAGGACCAUCACAGACAUACAAAAAAAUGUAAAAAAAAAAAAAAAUCGCUUUUUUUUAAAUCAAGUGUUUUAGGAGGUUUGUGUACAGCAGCUGUGUCAAACAUCCGGGAUAUGCUGGCGUCAUGUCACCUAAUGAAAGUGUCUACUUUGGGAACAUUUUGACACUUAUUAAACAACCGUACGUUGCAGCUUUCAGUCAGUUUGCACACGCAAUAAGAUGCCAAGUGCACGCCAACAUUUGGUGCGCGCGGUGCCGGAGAAGAGGUUGGCGCGCAGGAAAGAGGGCGGUCAAAGCAGCCUUCUGUUGCACUUCCAGCCACAGUCUUUCCCCCCGCGUCCAUGCCGGACGCCUCCCCCUCCUCCUCGCAUUCGAAGCCCGCUUGGGUGAUGCCAUGCCACGGAACCACGGCGGAGAUGAAGGCGGCGCCGGGCUCUGGAUGAGGACCUCGCCGGGCCACCGCACCGACGGCGCGAAAGAUGUCGAGUCCGGACGGAUGAUGAUGAUGAUGAUGAUGAACAACAACAACGCCGGGGACGGCUUGCUGUCAGCCUCGAACGCCGCCGGCGGCGGCCCCGACUGCCUGCGAGGGAAGCAGGGAGCCCGGCUCAGCCUGCUGGGCAAGCCGCUCAUAUACAGCGCGCAGAGCGGCCGCAGGAACGUGCGCUACCGGCGGCUGCAGAACUACCUGUACAACGUCCUGGAGAGACCCCGAACCUGGGCCUUCAUCUACCACGCCUUUGUGUUUAUCUUGGUCUUCAGCUGCUUGGUCCUGUCUGUCUUCUCAACCAUUCCAGCUCAUCAGGACUUCUCCUCUGAAUGUCUUCUCAUUCUGGAGUUUGUCAUGAUUGUGGUGUUCGGGUUGGAGUACAUCAUCCGCAUCUGGUCAGCAGGAUGUUGCUGUCGCUACAGAGGAUGGCAAGGGCGAAUCCGGUUUGUCAGAAAACCUUUCUGCGUCAUCGACAUCAUAGUGCUGAUUGCUUCAGUGGCGGUGGUGUCGGCAGGCAGCCAGGGCAACAUCUUUGCCACUUCAGUCCUGCGUAGCCUUCGAUUUCUGCAGAUCUUACGCAUGGUGCGGAUGGACCGGAGAGGAGGUACAUGGAAGCUGCUCGGGUCUGUGGUAUAUGCACACAGCAAGGAACUUGUCACCGCCUGGUACAUUGGCUUCUUGGUCCUCAUAUUUUCUUCAUUCCUCGUCUACCUGGUGGAGAAUAAGUUCAACAAGGAGUUUGCCACGUAUGCAGACGCCCUGUGGUGGGGCACGAUCACCCUAACAACCAUUGGCUACGGGGACAAGACACCAAAGACUUGGACAGGACGGAUGCUGUCUGCAGGGUUUGCACUGCUCGGCAUCUCGUUCUUUGCCUUGCCAGCAGGUAUUCUGGGCUCAGGUUUUGCUCUGAAGGUCCAGGAGCAGCACAGACAGAAGCACUUUGAGAAGAGGAGAAACCCUGCAGCCUACCUCAUCCAGUGUGUUUGGCGUAGUUAUGCGGCCGACGAACACUCGGUUUCCAUUGCUACCUGGAAACCUCACUUGAAGGCCUUGCAUACCUGCAGCCCCACAAAAAAAGAACAAGGAGAAGCAACUACAAGCCAGAAGCUGAGUUUCAAGGAGCGUGUCAGGAUGGCGAGCCCACGCGGUCAAAGCAUCAAGAACAGGCAGACUUCCGUGAAUGACCGGCGCUCUCCAGCGGCAGACGUCGGUGCAGACGGCACAAGUCCUUCCAAGGUGCAGAAGAGCUGGAGCUUCAAUGACCGCACACGCUUCAGACCCUCACUGCGUCUUAAAAGCCAGUCCCGAUCCACCACUGACGCAGACUCAAACACGACUGGAGAGGAUGGUUUUGAUGAGAAGGGUUGUCACUGCGAGAUCUCAGUAGAAGACUUGCUGCCCUCUGUCAAGUCUGCCAUUCGGGCUGUCAGAAUAAUGAAGUUCCACGUAGCAAAGAAGAAGUUCAAGGAAACGUUGCGUCCUUACGACGUCAAGGACGUGAUUGAGCAGUACUCUGCAGGUCACUUGGACAUGCUGUGUCGCAUUAAGAGUCUGCAAACCAGGCUGGACAUGAUAGUAGGCCCACAGCCCCUGAGCAGCCGAGCCAAGACCUUUUCCUCCCCCUCCUUGCCCCUCUAUUACAGCCAGGGCAGAAAGAACUCCACCCAGGGAGUGGAUCAAAUCCUCGGUAAGGGCCAGAUUCCUCUGGACAAGAAGAUUCGUGAGAAGUUGAUGUCUGACGGAGAUCUCCUGGAGGACAUGAGCAUGCUGGGGCGUGUUUGUAAAGUGGAGCGACAGGUCCAGUCCAUUGAGUCCAAGCUGGACUCCUUGCUGGACAUUUAUCGGCAGGUCCUACGCAAGGGCUCGUCCACGGCUCUCACACUCUCGUCCCUCCCUCUGUUUGAGCUGGAGCAGACGUCGGACUACCAGUCGUCCGUCUUCAGCAAGGACCUGUCCAGCAGUGGUGGCGCCAUGCCGCCACCCGGUGGCUGUGUCCCACGCUCCUCCACCAACCCUCACCUGUCCCAGGGCGGACUCCAUCUCAUCUUGGCCACACCCAAUGAGCUCAACCUCAACCCGGCCACCACUACACCCCCCUCUGGCCUUGGUUCCUCCCCGUUCAGCCCGUCCUCCUUGCCCAAUCACCUGUACCGCCACCAUCACCACCUCCAGGAUCAGUCCAGCACACCUGAAAGUGGCAACGAUGAAACAUGCUCUCCCCCCGUCCUCACACCAAACAGUAUCAGCAGCGGCACGGGUGGAGGAGUGGCAGAUUCCGGGUUUUGUCUUCUGGCGAGGCUUCCGCCACCACCGCCUACUAACAGGAAUGUAGGUCUGCGAGCUCCCUCCAAUGAAACUUCGACCGACAUCGAAGACUUUUGCGGAAUGCAAAUAAAGAAAAGCAGCAUUGUAGAGGAACUUAGCCCAGACUUGGGGCUCCAGCAGCUGGGAGGGCGCACCAACACCAAGGGCCGACUGAACGCCAAGGAGGAAGGCUCCUGGAGAAGGCAUAUGAGUCUUGAACUGGAGCCCCUGGUGCCUUCCACCCUAAACUGCUGCUCAGUCCCCAGCCACGUGGACCAGAGCCUUGGGAAGUCUAUGUCAGUGCAGGACUUGAUGCAGACGGCCCAAGGCAGAGUGCCGGACCCCCACUGCGGCUCGCCUCCAAGCCGAAAUACGACCAACAACUCGCCCGCCGGGUUCCGCAAAAGUUGCCAAGACCUCGGCGGAGACGGAAAAGGUGGCUGGGGGGACGAAGAUCUUUUCAUCGGCGACAGGGAAGCGACGAUGGAGGAGUUCGAUUUCCUGUCACACGGGACACUCGAGACUUCCCCCUACUCCUCAGAGCUCUCGGGGGUUCUGAGGAGAGCGGAGAGCACUCUGAGAGCGGAGGUGAAGGCGGGAGGGUCACGGGGGUCCAACCACAGCCUGGCCACCGGUCACUCAUCCUCGCACGCUGCUGGCAGCACUGAAUUAAUCAAAAUGCAGCGCGUGCGGUUAAAAUAGAUCAUCAGACCUCAUGCAAGGAAAGCUUCUAUCAUUUAAAAAAAAAAAAUGUGAGCAUGAAGGCGCGAUUACACAGGAGUCGAUCACACCUGACAGGUAGGUAGGUCAUUAUUCUCAUUGCACAAGUACAAACCCCGUUUCCAAAUGAGUUCGGAAAUUGUGUUGGAUGUAAAUAUAAGCGGAAUACAAUGAUUUGCAAAUCCUUUUCAACCCAUAUUCAAUUGAAUGCACUACAAAGACAAGAUAUUUGAUGUUCAAACUCAUAAACUUUAUUUAUUUUUUGAAAAUAAUAAUUAACUUAGAAUUUCAUGGCUGCAACACGUGCCAGAGUAGUUGGGAAAGGGCAUGUUCACCACUGUGUUACAUCACCUUUUAAUAAACGAUUGGGAACUGAGGAAACUAAUUGUUGAAAGUGGAAUUCUUUCCCAUUCUUCUUUUAUGUAGAGCUUCAGUCGUUCAACAGUCCGGAGUCUCCGCUGUCGUAUUUUACGCUUCAUAAUGCGCCACACAUUUUCGAUGGGAGACAGGUCUGGACUGCAGGAGGGCCAGGAAAGUACUCGCACUCUUUUUUUACGAAGCCACGCUGUUGUAACAAGUGCUGAAUUUCAGCAUUGUCUUGCUGAAAUAAGCAGGGGCAUCCAUGAAAAAGACAGCGCUUAGAUGGCAGCAUAUGUUGUUCCAAAACCUGUAUGUACCUUUCAGCAUUAAU